AUGAAAUCGUUUACUUUAUAUUUAAAAAUUUUUACAUUUCUCCAUUUAAUUUGGAUAUUCCAUUGCUUUUACAAGUAUGAUUCCAGUAAGUCAUUGAUUAAUAGAGAUACAUUACAAACAGAAAUUGGGUUAAAACACGAAAGAAUGUUAGCAGAGGGUGAUAUAUCAGAAAAAAAAUCAUCUUAUAUUGAAAAAGAUAUAGAACAUUAUACAUCUGGUGAUAUGGAAAUUAUACCUGAUGAGCUGAUUUAUUUAAUGGACAUGUAUAUUAAAUGUUAUUACGCUAAUAUUAAAUUAGACUAUGAAAUAUCUGUUUUCUUUAAUGAAGAAAAUGAAAUAAUAUAUAAAUGUAGAGAUAAAAUAUUGAAUGCUUAUAGAAAAAAUAUUAAAGAGGAUUCGCAUGUAGAAUUUUUUAACUAA